AUGAGUCGAUACUCGCAUAUUGAUGCUGCAAGGACCAGGCAGGGGAGUGUGGUCACAGACGCGCAUUGGAAGGACCAGGAUUUAGAAAUCGUCGAUCGACUCCUCGAACCACAAACCGUCGCGCAUUUUCUCGAAUUCUGUCUCUGGGGAACACUCCCGACCGGCAAACAGACUUCCCUUCCGAAACUCAUCCCCGAAGAUGUCCCGUUCAUUCAUGGUCCGCCGCCGCCAGGCGAAAAUACAGGCGACAACGAUAAUUCAAUGCCUAUUAUCGAUCGCGUCGCGCAGAGAAUCGGCUCCUUCGCGGACUCGUCCCGUUUGUGCCUCGUCGGAAAGAAUAUCCACUCGCUGAAGUCGCGACUCUGGGAGGGUAUUAUCCCGAUGUCGGAGCAGCGAUGGCACGAAAAGGGCCUUCACAGGGAAGACAACUUUGACGUCGCGGCGCAGCAUGUCUCCGCUGUCGUGGCUGUUUUCGAGUAUCUGAAUCAACAGCGCGUAGCGACGAACCUGCGCGACACGUUCAAUCUGAUCUGGGACCACUGGGCGGAGGCGGAUGUCUUGGUGAACCGGAACAGAGAGACAAUGGGAAAAGAAAAAGUCAGUAUUACGAAGCUCUGGACGGAAUACAUGAGCGCCAAGUACGAGGUCAUGACGGGAAGAGCGCAUCGCUGGGUCAUACUACACGUUGAAGCCCUGCGCACGCCAUUACUUCGGACGCUGCGGUUACAUCAGCCGAUGAACGAAGAGGUCGUCGAUCAGAUUCAGUGGAAAACCACGGAUCGAAUGCACAUACUGAAUGAAAUAGCUGCGGUGGCCGACUAUACGAUCUGCAUGCCAAUGCAGGGGUAUAAGGGGUGGAGUGGAAAUUUGCCGACAUGUGCGCAGGGAACGUUGGGGGAACGGAGUAAGUGGUAUUCGCCGCAGUUGAAGCUUAUGACGCGAGAGGUGCUCUUCGAGAGGAUGUCGAAUGGGACCCGGGCCCCGGGGGGUCUGGCUUCACCCGUGUCGUUACAUCAGACGGCGAUGGACCAGAUCGAGUGUCAGAAUCGACUGAGGCGGGAGAUUCGUGGGGAGGCUGUCAUAAUGCCAAAAGAGCCGUGGAUCACAAGCGCGUUGCAGAAGCUAGAGAAAAAGCCGGAGCCACUGCAUGAAAGUGAUGGGCUGGUGAUUUAUCGGAUCACGUAUGGACAGACGGACGAGGAGUGGAGCGGGUUUCUGCAGAAGUUCGAGGCCCAUGUGGAUGAUUGGGGACGAGGACAUACGGGGAGUAGCUUCAUGAAACCGUAUUUGAAGUUGCAUUGGUUUGAUGGGGAGCUAUUGGGUAUUCCAGAGGGUGAUGUGAUGGCGGCGAGAAAGCAUUUCAAUGAGCAUGCAGUCUCCUCAUUCAAAGACAAGGUUCGAGUUAACAAACACGUGUUUCUCGCUGUGGACGAUAUCAGCUUCGGGUCUUACACAACAAAAGACUACGAAGUCGCCACACCCUUGCCUCUGCGCGGCGAUUUUACAGGCUUUGUGUUAUCUGUUGACGCAGACUAUGACCCCGAGGAACCCCGCGAUCGCGCCAACGAAUCACCAGGUUACCACGGUCAAAUGCGAAUCCUAGGCAGUCUGGUCUGGGGCGACCUAUUCUCUGUGCUCUCGUCACAAUCAGCCCUGCUAGAGGAUCUUUGGCCCCUAGCCCUUGACCAUCCCAAUCAAGUCUACGCGGGCCCAACAGUCCCACUGACAAUCAGCGACUGGCGAAUCCAGAACGGAAUCCGAAAUCUUCUACUCCGACAGACAGUUGACUACGUCAAAGCGAAGAUGAACGGGACUGCCCCGGAACUACCCUCCCAGCCACGACGGGAGCCUCGAUCUACCAGGACAGGACAGGAGGACCCACUACGGCAACAUAUGAUGACAAGCUUUAUCAACUGGCUACGGGACAAUAAUCACACGCGGGAGGGGAUCAUGGCCGAGGAAGUGAUGCGAGCGGGGCCAGACCGGGAUGCCGAUUUGGAGCGAGUCCAGCAGCGCAUCGAUGCGUUGGAAAAUGGGGACGAGGAGGAGGUAAAUCCGCGGAGGCUUGAGGAUCCGGACGAUCCAUGUGCCAUGCAGUGA